UCGAGUUCCCGUCAGAACGCAUUAUGGCAAGUAUAUACAAAAUACUUGUAGUACCUGCCAUCCUGUUGGCCAGUUUGUCCUUGAGUUUGGCCAUCGUUGAGCAAGACAUCCCUAAGAAUUUUGAAGAUCUCAACCAUGAUGUACAACAGUUCCCUCGGGAAAGAAGACAAGAGGAGAUAGAAGACUUCGUCAAGGAAACAGAUAAUCCUGUAAAGCUGGAAGAUAAAUUCUUAGAAUCUCAGACCAUUCACGAUAGAGAGAUAAAUGGAGAAGCGAUAGGCCAAAAAGCCGAGAGAGAGGACAAAAAGCGGGAGGAUGCAUUCCAUACGAACAACGAUGCCGCGACAGAUGCUGAGAAUGAUAUCUUUUCAUACAAGAAUAUGCACGAUCUUAUCCAAGCGUUUAUUCUUGCGGAUAAAGAGAACAAAUUACAACAAGAAGUAGAGAAUUCCACGGAAUCUGAGACACAUAACAACUUACCGAAGCGUCAUGUAGUUGCAUCCGCAUCCGCAGCCGCAGCCGCAUCCAGCGGUCUUCUUGGAGUAAAUCCAUGGGAAGUUGUACCUGUGACCGAUUUGGACGCUCAUUCUUGUGGAGUCGAGGCAUUUGAAUUUGGUCACGUGCACCUGUCGGGCGUGAUAGUACACGAGUUCUUCUGCGAACUGAGGAAGCUCUGGCACUACGUUCGGAUCAUAUUGCGAAAUCUCAAGUCAGAGCUCACCCUAGGACCAUUAGUCGCCGAGGACACAAUCGCUACCAGCCACACCACUCUUUUUGGUCAUUUCUUCCAUCAUAGUCCGCGAUUUCUUCAAGCUAUUAUCAGAGCGCCCCACCAUCUGCUACUUUUACCCGAAAUACUCCGUGACGCCAUACCGUUUCCUAGUAUCACCAGUGCUAUUCACCGAUUCGUUCACAUCUUCUUCAAACUAGUGCACUUCGUGCGUGAUUUACUUUACGGGCAUAUUCGCCACGUUCUCCGACACGUCUUCUCGCACCAUCAUCUAGGUAUACGCUUACUGGAGAAGCUUCACGGACUUAAGCUCGCAAAAGGAUUUGACUCGAUACUUCCGAUAGAGGAAAUUGUUACGGAACCGAUAGUGUCUACAGCGACUGCAACGGCGACAGCAACCACUUACCAAGAGCCAGUAGUCUCAGACUACCAUAAGUCAUUGGCGGAGGUGCUGACUUCCUUCCGCGGUGCUCAUGACGGCUAUUACGCGUCUGGACUACCAGACCUGAUCAGGACUGGCGCGAAAAGCCUUUCCUUAACCACGGUGGUUUCUAAGAUCGGUCCAUACCUACCCAAAAUACCUUUGCGAAGUUACUUUGGAUGUGAACAACCAGUUUUGGCUGAAGAUACCACAGUGAGCACGUCGGCUUCCGCUAGUGCCUCAGUAAGUUCAGUCCCAUUAAUAAGUCCAACGAUAGCUCCAAUAGUAUCCGCUCCUGUUGCUCCUGUUGAAACCAUCAGCUCUUCGGCGUCUGCUAGUGCCGCCGCUGUCGUAGCUACUGAACCUAUAAUUUCCUCCACACCUUUCGUUCCAUCCUACACCCCUGUGAUUGAACCGAUGCUAACUGUACCUCCCGUGGUCGUUUCUGAUACGGUGUCUGAUUGUGCGAGUAGUUCCUCCAGCGUGGCCAUAGCCGCGCCAGGAGUAACAGUUCCUAAUACUUUAGGAAGUGUCGCGACAGCUGCUGCUGCUUCCGCAGCUUCUGCUUCGACCUUGAACGUCGCUCCAACCCCGAUCAUCAGCCCACGCAGAUAUAGACCUAGGCCCAUUUUACCCACUAUCAUUCCCACAGUUGAGAGCGUAUCUUCUAGCAGUGCAUCAGCCUCUGCGAGCGACGUCUUAGUCGAGCCAAGUCAGAAUAUCAGAUUCGAUCGUCUUAAAAAUCUGUUGUCCCGUCCACGAGUUCUUCCUUCCUCGGUAGCUGCUUCAGCCGCUGCAGCAGCUUCUGCUGCGGGAGGUGUCUCGUCUUCUUCUGCAGCUAGUAGUUCGGCUGGCGGCAUUUCUCCAUAUUUAAAUGACUUCAAUCUUGUAUUCCCUAGGGAGAAGAUCAUUAAUGCUCUAGGCUACGACCGCCUGUUGCCGGGCGACAUCGUGACACUCACCCUAAAAAACAAAUCGACCCUGUUCGGUCGCGUGUUUGACGCUACCAGUCCUAUCGCUUUCAACUUCCUCAGACCGAAAUUGCACGCCUCCAUUAUUCGGAACGGCAGACGGAUCUGGAAUCUCUUCCCCGGAGAUUUCAGAGAUCCCGAAUGCGUCCGAACGUUGAACAAUCCUUUACUUUUACGUCAUGUUUAUUAGACUUCAGAUAUUAAAUUACAUACACACAUACGUACACGUAUAUAGACAUGUCGUAACUAGUCCUAAAUCAUUAUAAACUAUUGAUACAUAUCAAAUGAUUGUAACUAUAUUUGAUUGCAAAUAAACUGUGUUAUAAAAAAGGU